GUUGCUGUCAAUCACGCAAACAAAAUUCAAUCGCAAGCAGUGAACGACGCUUUCGUUGUGCCGAAUUUAAUUUAUGUGAUUUUACGGUGGAUUGGCAGUGAAUUUGAUUGAUUUGUCAGAAAGAUCUCGUGACAAUGAACCGCUGGUAAGUGAAACCAUCCAGAAAUGUACAUCAAAUCCAUCAUCAUCGACGGUUUCAAAUCGUACGGCAAGCGUACCGAAAUCCAUGGCUUCGAUCCGGAAUUCAACGCCAUCACCGGACUGAACGGGACCGGGAAGAGUAAUAUCCUUGAUUCAAUCUGUUUUGUGCUCGGUAUCUCCAAUUUGGUUCAUGUACGAGCAACGUCUCUCCAGGAGUUGGUCUACAAGAGCGGUCAAGCGGGAGUCACAAAGGCAACGGUCACGCUCGUAUUUGAUAACACCGAUAAAGAGCAGUGUCCGCUCGGGUACGAGAAAUGCAAUGAAAUUUCCAUCACGCGCCAAAUUGUCGUCGGCGGAAAGAACAAGUAUCUCAUCAAUGGCAAGACAGUUCAGAACAAGAAAGUGCAAGAUCUGUUCUGUUCGGUGCAGCUGAACGUGAACAACCCAAACUUUCUAAUUAUGCAGGGUCGUAUCACCAAAGUGUUGAAUAUGAAACCGCAAGAGAUUCUGUCUAUGAUUGAGGAGGCGGCUGGGACGAGCGUAUAUGAGGCCAAGCGAGAGCACUCGAUCAAACUGAUCGAGAAGAAAGACGCCAAACUGAAUGAACUUUACACAGUUCUGCGCGAAGAAAUUGAACCGAAAUUGGAAAAGCUACGGAAGGAACGAGCGCAUUAUAUAGAGUUUCAGAAGAUAUGCCGCGAUAUUGAGUAUCUGACGAGAUUGUACAUUUCGCACAAGUACAUUCAACACGUGAAAUCCGUAGAAAACUCUGAAAAAGCUAUCGCGGGUUUGAAUGGCGUGAUUGAUGGUCAUCGGAAAAAGAUCGAAUCACAUAUUACGGAGAGCAAAGAGAUCGAGGAUAGUGCAAAAGCUUUGCAGGAAUUGAUAGAUACCGAAGGAGGUGGUAUUCUGUCGGAAUUGGAAUCGGAGUUGAGCGCUGAGAGUAAGAAGGAGGCUACUGCUUCGGCAGAAAGAGACAGCACUAAGGAAAAUAUAGGAGCUGAACAGAGGAAACUUAAAAACCUCCAAAAGAGUAUUAAAGAUGACGAAAAUGCCUUACAGAAGAAAGAAGCGGAAAUGCAAAAAACAGGAGAUAUGUUUCAAAGUUUGAAGGAUGCAGAUGAAGCGGAUGCAAAAGCUUUCGCUGACGCUCAGAAGCGUUUCGAGGCGGUCAGCGCCGGCUUGUCAACAAAUGAAGACGGUGAAGCUGCAACAUUGCAGGACCAAUUGAUAUCCGCGAAACAGAAAGCUGCCGAAUCUGCUACAUCUAUCAAGCAAAGUGAGAUGGAGUUGAAGCAUUGUCAACAACUUUUAAAAACAAAACAGGGUGAUAUGAACUCCAGUGACGCUGCUUAUCUGGAAGAUAAGAAAAAGUUGACCAAAACCGAAUCUCAAAUCCAAUCCAUCACAGCGGAACUGCAGAAGAUCGACUACGAAGAGGGUACGAUCGAACAGCUGCACGAGCGAAAGCAAGUAUUGUCCCACGAAAUCCGCAAUCUCAAAGGUGAGUUGGAUCGAAAAAAUGCCUAUCGGUGGGAGUUCCAGUAUCGUGACCCAGAACCAAACUUUGACCGCUCGGCAGUGCAUGGAAUGGUCGCUAAACUGGUGUCGAUCCGGGACAAGAAAUAUGCACUCAGUUUGGGCACGGCAGCUGGAGGUAGCUUAUACAGUGUUGUCGUCGACACGGACACAAUCGGUAAGAAGUUACUCCAAAAAGGUCAGUUACAAAGCCGAACCACCAUGAUCCCGUUGAACAAGAUCACGAACCGUGCGAUCGAUAACAAUACUGUUCGGGUUGCGGACAAUUUGGUUGGCAAAGGUCGGGCAGUCACUGCUCUGUCAUGCGUAAACUACGACCGCCAGCUGGAACCGGCAAUGAAGUUCGUUUUUGGGUACUCCUUCCUAGCGGACGAUAUGAAUGUGGCGAAGCAGGUGACCUACCAUCCCCAGAUUAUGUCGCGAACGGUAACUUUGGACGGUGACGUUGUUGAUCCCAGUGGAACAUUAUCCGGAGGUGCCAGACAGAAAGGAGCAGCCGUACUGCUCGAGGUCGAAGAGAUUAAUCAGAUUCAGAAGCUGUUGGCGCAGAAGGAGGCUGAAUAUCAGCAAGUUUGUGCCGAGAUAAGCAAAUUGGAACGCAUUGCUCAUCGAUAUAAUCAGUUGAAGGAGCAGUUGGAUAUGAUGAAUUACGAAUUGAAGACACUACAGCAGCGUCUGGCUCAAACCUCGUAUCAACAAGCUCAACAAGAAAUUGAAGAGCUGAAAACAAAAAUUGAAACUUUGAAGCAAACCAUGGUGGACGCCCGCCAAGCACAGACAGCAGCAAAUGCUAAAGUGAAGGACUUAACGGCGAAAAUUGCCGACAGUAAAGGGCAUCGCGAACGCGAAUUGAAAGCCGCAGAAGAUGAGUUAAAACGGGCAAAGAAAAAGAGCGAUGAAAGUCGAAAGAAUUGGAAAAAGCACGAGCAAAGUUUUGAAACGCUUCGGCUAGAAAUCGAAGAACUGCAGAAAGGUAUUGCGACAGCGAAAGAACAAGCCACCAAACUGGGAGAAACGAUAGCGGAAUUGCAGCAGAAGCUUCAAGGUGCAAACGAAAAUAGUGCAGAAAUGACCAAGGCUGUAGCUGCCGUUAAACAGAAGAUCAAAGAACACAAAGACAAAAUCAACAGUCAGAAUAAAGAGCUGAAAGCGAAAUAUCACCACAGGGACAAACUGUUGAAGCAAAACGAAGAAAUGGAGUUGGAUAUCAAGAAGAAGGAAAACGAAAUCCAAAAAGUUCGAAACGAGAACAAGGAUGGAUACAACAAGAUCAGCGCGCUCGAAGAAAAAUAUCCCUGGAUCAGCGAAGACAAAGAAUUUUUCGGGGUGAAGAACACCCGCUACGAUUAUAAUAAAGAAGACCCCCAGGAGGCAGGUCGAAAGCUAAACAAACUGCAGGACUCGAAAGAAAAGAUGAGCAGAAACAUCAACCAGAAAGCGAUGGUGCUGCUCGAACGUGAAGAGGAACAAUACAAGGAGGUGAUGCGUCGCAAACAGGUUGUCGAAGAUGAUAAGAAAAAGAUCCAGAAAAUCAUCACCGAUCUCGACGAGGAGAAAAAGAAACAACUCAAAGUGGCAUGGACCGAGGUGAACGAAAACUUUGGAAGCAUUUUCAGCACUCUGCUCCCGGGAACGCAAGCUCAGCUGAAACCCCCCGACGGCGUUGACUUCAUGAAGGGUCUCGAGGUGAAGGUCGGCUUCAACGGAAUGUGGAAGGAAUCGCUCACGGAACUGAGCGGUGGCCAACGGUCCCUGGUUGCCCUAUCCCUUAUUCUAGCCAUGUUGAAAUACAAACCGGCUCCGCUCUACAUCCUGGAUGAGGUGGAUGCUGCGUUGGAUCUGUCCCACACGCAGAACAUUGGCAACAUGUUGAAGGCCCAUUUCACCAAUUCCCAGUUCGUUAUCGUGUCACUUAAGGACGGUAUGUUCAACAACGCAAACGUGCUGUUCCGAACCAAGUUUAUCGACGGAAUGUCCGGUGUUACGAGGACGGUCAAUGUUGCGCACGCCAAGUCGAAAGCUGCCGGACGGUGAUUUUGUUGGCAUCAAGGUAAAAAAGGUUUAGCUAAAAGUUAGAAGGUACAAACAGUUCAUUUUUUUAGUACUUUAGAGUAUUGAAUGAAAUAUGCGAAUAGAUGCGUAAGAAUAA